AUGUUCAUAGAUAGAGACAGAAACAAGAUCACAUACCUCAUUUUCGUACCUUUCGUUUUGCAUUGA